CUCGCUGGCGUCACUGAUGGGUAAAAGUGUCCUCGCCGAGGGAGGAGUGACGAUACACAAAAAUCGAGAACGUACCAUUACAACGAGGAGGGCUUUAUAUGAGACAAUCUUACGAUCUCGUCAACCCUUAAUGUCUCCAUCGUGAGCCGUCGACAGCUGCUCUACGCGCGAAGACGCGGUCCUACGGGACUCGGAAUCAACGUAGUGUAAACGAGAGAACGGGCGGAUAAAGAUAAGGCUAAAGACGAUGGGAGUGCCGGACGUGGAGCAGGCCAAGAAGCGACUCCAGGAUAUACUGAGGCGAGCGCAGAAGCUUGAGAUACCGACACAAGAGGUGAUCUCGACGAGAACUGCGCGUAAAUUGCUCGCCAGAACGCGCAAUGUCCUGGCAUGGACUAUCUGGAUCGGAGUGUUCGUCGUCCUGCUCACUGGCGUUGUCUACGCUCGUUGGCCUACACGACAGGACGUGGAAACCGUCAGGACCGUGCUGAGGCGAACAUGUUCAGGUGCAGCUUCAGGCGAUUUUUCGGAACGAGUGGCAGCACUUUUGCAAUCGUCCUCGACUCAGGACGACUGCUAG